AAAAUGGUCAUUAUUUGCAUGCCUUCACUCACAAAGUAUCAUUAGCUCACAUGAGGAGGGGAAGUCCUUAUUAAAGAUCAUUUUAGUGCUCCUCUUCAGUCUGGGCUUCAAUAAACAGGCAAUAAUUAUACACAAAGAGACAGAUGUCAGUAUUAUUAGUAGAAGGCAGAGGAUGCAACUUGUAACAAGGGUCGAAGUCCAGAUGUCAUAAACAUAGUAGAUAUCUAUCAUGGGCAAGGCAAGACAGCAAUAAUACUGGGACUUAAAGUCAGGAACUAGUGGAGGGAACUUAGCAGGAAAAGUUAAGAUUUUGACAUGACAGCAUGAAUUACAAUGACAAUCUAAAUGAUCACACUGUGCUACUUUGGAACAUUGCAUAGGUAUAGCCCGCACCAGGAUGCAGACCUCUUCAAACCCAGAGUUCCUGCAAUCAUCAGUCAUUUUAUAGCCUACAAAAACCAGGAUCAUGGAGCCUGGCUGAGAGGAGGAGAUGUGUGGCUCGAUGGCUGCCAAUUUGCUGACAAUGGCAUUGGUCUCACUCUUGCAAGUGGAGGAACAUUUCCAGAUGAUGAUGGUUCUCAUCAGCAGGUGAAGAACUCUCUCUUUGUUGGUGAAAGUGGUAAUCGUGGGACGCUUCUUCCAGAUAACAACAUAUGGGGCCCAGGAGGUUCUGAUUUCUCCAGUAGGACACUGCCACGUGGAAUAGAUUUUCCUAUUCGAGGCAUGCAGAUCUAUGAUGGUCCAGUCAAUGUUCAGAACUGUACAUUUCGAAAAUUUGCAGCAUUGCAUGGACGACACACCAGUGCCUUUGGGUUCAGGCUCAACAACUCAUGGCAGAGCUGCCCAAAGAAUUACGUCACCAACAUCACCUUUGACCAAGUUCCUGUAAGUUAGCAGUCACUGGGGAAAUUUAUGCUUUUUCAGUUUUGUAUAAAUUAGUUUAUUUUUGUUUGCAGGAAAAUACCCAAGUUUGAUCACAUGUAGUUUAGUGCAAUUAUUUUCCAUUAUAUUGUAAUCCAACAUGUUUAACUGUAUAUUUGCGGAUGUACUUUUUUUUUUUUCAAACUAACACCAUUUACUUACUUUUAAUAUAAAUCCAAUUCAUUCUCAUUAUAAUCAAA